CACCAAGGACUCCAUGACAAUUGGCUGGGGAUGUACCGGCGCUGACACGGAAAAUAAAGUUGGAUAUGAAGAAUUUUCGAUAGGUUAUGAAGGCAAAAAUAAGUUAUUAUGGUAUUAUAGAGCACCACAUGAGAUGGGUCUGGGAAGGUGGAGGAAGGGUGACGUGUUAGGUUGCCUUCUCGACAUUAAUAACAAGACGAUCAAUUUCUUUCUGAAUGGGAGACAGUCCAUGAUUAUUUACCCCGAUUUCUUUUCUCCUACAAGGCCACCAAAGAAAUUCUUCCCGGCGAUUACAAUGCCACCCUUCCAGCAGUGCAUCGUGAACUUGGGCCAGAAACCUUUCCGCACCGCGCCGGAGGGUGUACAAUUCUCCGCGCUCAGUUCUGUCGGUCAACUCACUCCGCAGCAGAGGAUGGUAAUUAUCUAUAUUCAUUCAACAUUCCUGACAAUUUGCAGCAACAAAUUGAUUGUUUUUUGUUGUCAGAUUUACGGAAUGCCGCGCAGCGCGAUGCAAGAACGGCAAGCGUCGUUCAAUGCGAGCGAGGACGCGUGCGACAUUUGCUGCGACCGCGCCGUCGACGUCACGCUGCAUCCCUGCGGACAUCGUACACUUUGUCAUGAAUGCUCAAUGAAGCUCAAGACGUGCCCUGUGUGUAGGGCUCCUAUCGCUCAAAGGCGUUGAAUUUACUUUUCAUAUUUUUUUUUUACCUCAAACAUCAACACAAUCUCAUAUUGAAAGGCUGAUACUUAUUUUAUACAUGUUGAAUUG